UAAAUGUUCGUGUUCUACAAGUCUACGCGGUUCUUUCGAUCAGUCUCUCAUCCUCCGUGACGAUGUCUACUGAAUCUACUUCCGCAAUUGUGAGGAAUCAGGUGGAUUUACUCGAUUUCAUAGACUGGACAGGAGUUGAAUGCCUCAAUCAAAAUACCAGUCACCCUUUCCCCAAUGCCGUCAAACAGGGUUAUAGAGAAGAUGAAGGUCUAAAUCUGGAGAGUGAUGCAGAUGAGCAACUUUUGAUUUACAUACCAUUCACCCAAGUUAUCAAACUGCAUUCUAUUGUGAUUAAAGGACCUGAGGAGGAAGGUCCUCAAACCGUAAAGCUUUAUACAAAUAAGGAACAUAUGGGAUUCAGUAACGUUAGCGACUUUCCUCCCAGUGACACACUUGUUUUAUCCCCCGAGAAUCUCAAGGGAAAGCCUGUCAUCUUGAAGUAUGUUAAGUUUCAAAAUGUUCGCAGCUUGACAAUAUUUAUCGAGGACAAUCAGUCUGGUUCUGACAUUACGAAAGUCCAAAAGAUGAUUCUGCAAGGAACAACUGUGGAAACAACGGAUAUGAAGGGGUUGAAGAAGAUCGAGGAUCACUGAUUAAAAAAAAAGAGACGAUAUGUACUUCUCCUCGCUCAUUUUCAACUUGCUUCGGAUUUCGCCAGUUAAAACAAAAUGUAAUGGCACAUUGUUUGUUGGAAGUUAUGCAUUGCAUUAUUAAAGACAACUUGUAUGUUUUUGCUUGUGCCCAGCCCACCUCCGACAUUGUAUGGGGUCUUUAACUUAGCAACAAAACCAGUAAUGGUUGACAUGGGCAAACCGGUUAUGGUUUCGAAAUAUCUCGACAGAUUGUACCUGGUGUAA